AUGGAGCCGACGCCUCGUUCGUCGCGAUCAUCCUCGUCCGCUUCGCGGAAAUUCAACCUUACGCUCGACCUCACCAACCUCCCUCCGCCGACGCUGCCUACGGCCCCGUCCAACACGCUCCUCUUCACAAAUCUCAACAACGUCGACACAUUCCGACCCGACAACCUGCAAACGAUCCGAGAUCUCAUCUCCCUGACGGCGCCCAUCCACGCCUUUGCCCCGCUCAAAUCUUUCCGCCGCAUCGUCGUCUCCUUCUUCCACAUCGAUGCCGCCGUCGCCGUGAGGCAGCUGUGGGAUGGCGAGGCCGUUCUCGGCGAGCGGCUCAAGAUCUACUUUGGUCAGAACACGUCUUUGGAAGCCAAGGACGAGCAUCUCGCCCUUCCCGACGCCGGCAAGCUCUUUUUCAUCUCGCCCCCUCCGAGCCCUCCGCACGGCUGGGAGAUGCGUCUCGAGGAUGCGCCCAACAAGAUGGUGCAUGCCAACGAUCUCGCCGACGCCCUGGCCAACCUCCGCCACCAAAACGGUGCGCCCGACUCGCCGCUGGGUUCCCUCGACGGCAUCUCCCCCGGCGGCCAGGGAAGGAGUCGCAGCCCGACGCUCAUCUACCACCCGGAGGAGAACGGGAACAGUCCGGAUUUGCCGGCCGUCAUGGUCGAGGACAUGACAGACGAUUGCGGUGAGAUGAGCCCGAUGGAUAGUUGUCGACCAAUCAUGGCCCACACUGCACGGCCGCCGAUCGAGUUGAUGCGUGGCGCGUGA